AUGAGACAGUGUUGCACAAAUGACAGUUCGGUGAGACAGUGUUGCACAAGUGACAGUUCGGUCAGACAGUGUUGCACAAAUUACAGUUUGAUGAGACAGUGUUGCACAAAUGACAGUUUAGUGAAACAGUGUUGCACAAGUGACAGCUCAGCGAGACAGUGUUGCACAAAUGACAGUUUAGUGAGACAGUGUUGCACAAGUGACAGCUCGGCGAGACAGUGUUGCACAAAUGACAGUUUAGUGAGACAGUGUUGCACAAGUGACAGCUCGGCGAGACAGUGUUGCACAAAUGACAGUUCGAUGAGACAGUGUUGCACAACUGACAGUUCGAUGAGACAGUGUUGUACAAGUGACAGUUCGGUCAGACAGUGUUGCACAAAUGACAGUUCGAUGAGACAGUGUUGCACAAAUGACAGUUUGAUGAGACAGUGUUGCACAAAUGACAGUUUAGUGAGACAGUGUUGCACAAGUGACAGCUCGGUGAGACAGUGUUGCACAAAUGACAGUUCGAUGAGACAGUGUUGCACAACUGACAGUUCGAUGAGACAGUGUUGCACAAAUUACAGUUCAAUGAGACAGUGUUGCACAAAUGACAGUUUAGUGAGACAGUGUUGCACAAGUGACAGCUCGGUGAGACAGUGUUGCACAAAUGACAGUUCGAUGAGACAGUGUUGCAUAACUGACAGUUCGAUGAGACAGUGUUGCACAAAUUACAGUUCGAUGAGACAGUGUUGCACAAGUGACAGUUUGGUGAGACAGUGUUGCACAAGUGACAGCUUGGUGAGACAGUGUUUCACAGAUGACAGUUUGGUGAGAUAG